CUCUCUCGUCAUCUCUACUCUUCUCUCUCUCCUCGUCUCUCUCUCCUCUCUCUCUCUCUCUCUCUCUCUCCUCCUCUCUCUCUCUCUCUCCCUCUCUCUCUCUCUCUCUCUACAAUGUACUAA